UAUUGUUCAACGUUUUCAUCUGCAUGGUCUAAGAAAUGGGUAUCAAACAUGUAAAUCCAUGGUGGUUUCGGUUAUUGAGCAGCCACUUUUCGUGCAUCCACCAACACAACCACCGCCGUGAGCGGCCUCGUCGAACACUCAAGGUCAUCAACUGCGACGGACAAGUCAAAAUAUACGACCGUCCCGUUCAUGUUGCCGAGCUCUUGAACCAGUUCCCCAAGCACAUGAUCUGCCGAUCCGAUUCGUUGUACAUAGGCCAAAAGAUCCCGCCUCUCUCCAGAGACGAUAAGCUCCACCUCGGCCACAACUACUUUCUUCUUCCCCAACAAGUUUUCCAGACUGCUUUAUCGUUCGUCACCAUUGCUUCCUUCGCCAACGCUCGAUACUCGUCUCCUCGUUUGGCAGAGAAGGCCGCCGCUUGUCAACCUUUCCGCGUCGAAAAGAGUGAGUCCGGGUGUUUGAGAAUACGAGUUUCCGAUGAGUUUAUACGCGAGUUGAUGGAAGAAAGUAAAAUGAAAGUCGGCGUCGAAGAGAGUUGCUCAAGUAGAGUGUGCACGACACCUCAGUUGCAGAAACAAUACACGUUGCUCGUCGGUUCGUCGCGCCAUAACUGGAAACCCAAAUUGGAGACCAUAAAGGAGAAGAAGAAGAAGCGAAAGAAGAUUUGGACUCUUGGAUUGAAGAGGAAAAACAAAUCGGCAGCGAAGAAGAACGUAAAGAGUAGCCAUAGAUCAUCUCAACACCACCGUGUUGAUGUAAUCAGUACUUGUGAGAAACCUCAAUCAAAACCCAAGAUUAAGAUUAAAUCGUCGAGGAAAUUAUGAGGACUGAUUGGGUGUUUUUCUAUAUUUACAGCACUCUUUUAGUGAAUUAAACCAUCUCAAAGCACUGUGUUAAUCAUCUCAUGUUGUUAAUGUAUAUGUCUUCGUUCAGAUUACAGAUUUUGUUU